AUGCUUGGCGUCCGGCGGUAUUUUUAAAAUUUAGGCCAGGAGGAAGAGCGUGAUAAUCCGACGAUAAACUCGAUUAUUGAUCAACAUCGAACACGUGCAGUCAUCCGGCGUUUCAGCAAACUCCGAUAAACCGGCACUGUAUUAGGACAAUGUAAAAAAAGAUAAACUAAGCUAAAUAGUUCUACAAAGAAAGAGAGAGAGAGUCAUACAACUGGAAAGAAAUAGAGAUUCUGAAGAAUGACUCAACUAGAAUUGGAUCCACAAUUCACACAGGGGUUGCGUCUCUUGCAUUCCACUAACAAGGACUCUGCAGAGCAGCUGAGAGCUCUGCUAGAUGAAGCAAUUAAGCAGAAAUAUGGACCAUCCAAAAUGCUCUCCAAUGUGCUACAUAAAAAGUACAUGAUGGAAGAACCAGUAUUGAGCGAUCACAGUAGCAGUAGUAGUAAAAAAAGCAAAAGCUCGUCUAAGCACUCGAGUAAAUCGAGCAAGAAUAGUUCACCUGUUAAUCUGCCAGCACGCGACACACCACCGGAUAUCCUUCAGACAGACGAGACACUAGCAUUGGAGAUUUUAGAAGAUGAUCUCACGUGUGUCAUUUGCAAAGGGAUGGAUGUCGGCGCAAGAAAUAGACUUGUAGAAUGUCAAGAGUGUCAUUCUUUGUAUCAUCAGGAAUGUCAUGUUCCACAUAUUUUGGAUUCACAGAUAGAUGUGCCGAAGCAAAUGUGGUAUUGCUCUAACUGUUCAAAGUCUCAGGUAUCGAAAGAAAGAAGUUCGCCAAAGACUGUGAUAGAAAGCAAAUCUAAAGAGCAGAAAAAGCCCAGUUCAAGCAGUGGAACUAAGGCAGUGGUACCAAACAUCCAUAUUAUAAGUGCAGAUAAAAGACUGAAAGAUAUGAUGAAGAAAGCUAAACAAGACAAACGGAAUGCGACUGGUGCCACAAGUUCAAAAAGCUCUUCAUCCAGUUCGCUUGCAUUGUCCUCAGCCAAAUCUUCUCAAGACAAAUCGUUAUUAUAUAAGAUAAAAUCAGGAGCAGAGUGAAUUGCUAGAGUAAGUUGCGAAAAAGAGUGAACAAAACAUAAGUAACGUAUAUUUUAUAAAAAUAAUUUGGAGCAAUCUUUUUUAUUGAUGAAAUUGUUUUGUAAAUGAUUUUAUUAAUCUGUUGAAAAGUGGCGCGACACAAUUUUUAUUAUCAACUUUUUUAUGAAUGUAUCUUCGUACGAUCAAUAAGAGCAAGAGAAAUAAGAAUCGCGUCCCUUUAUGACGAAGAGAGAAAUCCUAAAUAGACGAUACUACUAGUGUGUAUUUAUAUUGAAGUUUAAUCUCGAAUUACAUUCAAUCGAUAUUAAUACAAUUGGGCCUUUGUGUAGUGUCUGAAUUUCUUACUGCCUAUAUAAAUACAAUUCCAUAUUAUACAAUUUAUUAAUAAUUGUACAAACGUGCCAUGUAAAUUUGUUAUCUUUAAGCUUUCGCAUUAUUAUUACAAAAAUAUUAAGUAUGUAGAAAAUAAUGACAUAAUAUUACUAUCGCUAAUAAUUAUUACACACGUAAUAUCGUUCGUAAUACAAGUCUGCGUUGACACAGUUUUAAUGUAAAUAUACAAUAGAUCGUUCUUUAAUACUUUUUUAUUGAGAUAUUUAUAAAAGGAAAGCGAUAAAAUUAUACAAACUUCACAUAUCUCAAGAUUGCAUAUUAAUUGUACUGUUAUAUAUCGCAUAUACACAAUUUCGUGACCGAAAUCAAAGCGUAUCGGAGUACGCCAAUUUAUUACUGGUGUGACGACACGACACCGACGUCGGAAAUUGAUGUUAGUUGAAAAAUGCACAGUGGAAAACUAUAACGCGUUCUACUGUAUACAAGAUAUACAUAUAAAUUUCGUGCGCCGCCCGCGAAUGCGGGAGCUGGGUAUAGUUUGUGAAAUAUACAAGAACUCGAAAUUAAUAUAACGACUUGCGUAACACGACUUGACGACUUUUUGGAUAGUGUAUUCUUAAAAAGAGUUCACGUAUAUCCAUUAUUUAUAAUAACAAUAUUUAGAUCUUAGCGCAUCAGCGAGCUGUGAUUUUACAUGGGCAUGUAGCUAUAUCGUGCCUGUCCAAUUACAAUAAAUCUUUACUUUACAAAGGCAGAAAAAAAUUUUGAACCUGUCCACGAGCAAAGAAAAAAAAAAAUCGACCAUCUCCGUGUAUCUACCGUGGAUAUGAGAAUGAUAAUGAAAUUAUAAUGACUCAUAUUGAAAACAAGUUCUAGACAAGUUCGUGAUCUUUCUUACGUAUGCAAUAAUGAUUAUCAAGACGAUGCACAACACAGUCCAUCGUGUCCGAAUCGUAAGGCUAAAUAGUAGUCUGUACAGCUGAGAGAUUGCGGGUGGGCGAAAUAACGAAGAGAUAACGAUACGAGUCAUUUAUAAUACCAAUAUAUUUUUUUUUUUUUACGAUUUUUCAAAUGCAAUUAGUCGUUUGUCCCUACGUCCCAUUGAAAAUUUGGCAAGAGUCAUUUCGUUUUCUCGAGUAUCACUUAAGGUCUACUCGUGCGCGGGAUGGGGGGCUGAAGAGUACUAUGUACAAUGAGGGGAGGAAAGAAGAGGGCUAUUCGUGAAGAGGAAGGGGGAAGGGUUGCACGCGCACACAUGUGGAGAGAUACAUACACAAUAUAACACAUACGCACAUACAUACGCACACACGCGCAGCGAGCGUAUUGCACGCAAAUUGUCGUGCAGCCGCGCUCUUAUCUUAAUGAAUGAAGGAGAGCAUAGGCGCUUCCCCAAGGUACGUUUAGUGGCACACAGAAUUGAUCAAUGUAAUACAUGUUUUCUUCACCUUUUUUUUUUUUUUUUUUUCCCAGGCAAUUUUCGUAACACUCUGCUGCCGGAGAUGCGUUUUCGCAAACGCUGAGAGAAUCAAGAUCGGACAAUGGCGCGUCGAUGCUUCGCUCUUGCUGGUCAAUUAUUGCUGACAUUCAGAACAAUACUAUUGUUGGCAAUAAUUGCCGGACGAAAGGGGAGGUCCAUCUAAUCGUACCUUUGCGAAAAUAGCGGCGCGAAUACGCACGCCGUUUCCAAACGGCGCCUUCCCGAUCCGAGAAUAUACAAGAGAAGUGUCCUUAUGGGGAAAAUUGUCGGGAUCACCCCCCAUCCUCUCUCCUCGAAGCUUAACAAAGAGUAAUCUUAACUCGACACAAUGUUCAUGAUUUAUCUAUAUACUACGAAGCAUGUGUGUGUGUGUGUCUGUGUGUGUGUGUGUAACACACUAAUCGCCCCACGGCCGCCGCGAAUCACCCCUUUCUCGCUCCUUCAGUCCAUUACGUUAUAAUUACAUACGUUGAAUGCGGAAUUGACAAGCUUUUCAGAUGGAUGGAGUCGACUUUCGACAAGUACAACUUGCUAGGAAACUCUGUCGCGUCCCUCUAUUGCGUUUCGUAGCUCAGGGCUUUUCCACCUUUAAUUCAAGCGGUGUGAAUUAAAUAUGAAAAUCGCAGAAAAACAGAUAAAGCAUCUUCUUCUUCUUUUUUUUUCCAAAAUGAUUUCCAACGCGACAGAAUCGCAAGCACUUGUACACUCAUAAAGUAUAGUGACGCUAUAUGGGAGAUUGCGCUCAAACGUUGCCCGAGAUAUAUACUUCACACACUGCACGAAAAUCUCGCGUCCGAGUGUCUUCCUGAACUGAACGUCACGGGGAAAAAAAAAAAAAAAAAAAAA